AUGCUGAGACAUCUGAGUAAAAAUUUACUGGCAAGCAGCCGGCGUGGUCCGUAUAUUAACGCCAGCUCGAUGAAGCGAUUGCCCCUCUCAUCCGCAUCGCUUCUGAAAGCUCGAUAUUCAUCCACCAAGAGCCCGACCACGAAGACCAAUAAGCCAGCUAAAAUAGAUGCCCCUGGGUUCAAGAAAAUCUUCCUUGUUGCUAUCAUCGGUACAUUGAUUUUUGUCAAGACAGUGCAGUCCCUAGAAAAGAAUAAACCAAAAACAUCGUUAUCGGAAGAAGAAUUCGACAACGUCGUUAAUGGAUUGAAAAGACGUAUGGCUAUUUUCCCACAAGGUGACGUUGAUAUAAAGUUUUCUUUAUUCCCCACGGUUGAGGAAACUAAAAAAACGUUACGGAAAACACAAAGUAACGACACAAGUGAACCACAGUUUGUAGAUCCAGCCAGUGUCGUCGACUACUUUAGAACUUUGAAAGAUGACAGGUAUGAAGCUUUAUUGAAUGAAUAUUAUAAUGAAUAUGGGCCGGAUACGUAUGUUGACAAUCUACCGGCAGGUAUGCUAGUCAUGCUUUUAGGUAGGUAUUUGAAAGAAAACUGCAAGGCCGGUGAUAAACUGAUUGUGGUUAAUUUCCCACAUUCAAUUACCGAUGCAACAAAAUUUGAAAAUGAGAUAUCUGUAAUUACCACAAUUCUUGUUCCAAAGGAACUUGAAGACUCAAAUAUCUGUAAAUACUAUGAAACUGUGGGGAAGGCAGACGUCAUUUGA